AUGAUAACAAGUCUUAUCAGUGAUACUGAUAUUUCAGCAUGUAAUAUUGCAUGCUUAGAACGUAAUAAAUACGUUGUGGUACGAGCACACCUCAGAAGUAACUCGAUAUCAGUUGGACUUUGUAGAAAUGAGACAGUCCGUUCUUAUCAGUCGUACGUGACACCGUACAUUUGCAAUCGUACAUUUGGUGAAUGGGAACCUGAUAUAGAUGAUGAGGACGGAAUUAUGGAUUUCAAGGCACCAUGCCCAAAACCUCCACAUUAUCCGCACGAAGCAUUUGAAAAAUGUCGCAGAUGA